CUGGAGACAAUGAACGCCACGGUGCUGCAGGGAGGCAACAGGUCCGAGCGCUGCCCCAGAGACACACGGGUGGUGCAGCUGGUGAUCCCGGCCCUCUAUGCCGUGGUUUUCUUCACCAGCAUCCUGUUGAACACUCUGGCCCUGUGGGUGUUUGUUCACAUCCCAAGCUCUUCCACCUUCAUCAUCUACCUCAAAAACACUUUGGUGGCCGAUGUGAUAAUGACACUCAUGCUUCCUUUCAAAAUCCUCUCAGACUCACACCUCGGACCCUGGCAACUCAGAGCUUUCGUGUGUCGCUUCUCUUCCGUGAUCUUCUAUGAGGCCAUGUACGUGGGCAUUGUGCUGUUAGGCCUCAUAGCCUUUGACAGGUUCCUCAAGAUCAUUAGACCUUUUGGAAACUUUUUCAUGAAAAAGCCUGUUUUUGCAAAAAGAAUCUCAAUCAUCAUCUGGCUCCUUUUGUUCCUCAUCUCCCUGCCAAAUAUGAUCCUGAACAACAAGGAAGCAACGCCGUCUUCUGUGAAAAAGUGCGCCUCCUUAAAGGGGCCUCUGGGGCUGAUGUGGCAUCAAGUGGUAAACUACAUAUCCCAGUGUAUUUUCUGGACUGUUUUUGUCCUAAUGCUUCUGUUUUAUGUGGUGAUUGCAAAAAAAGUAUAUAAUUCUUACAGAAAGUCCAAAAGUAAAGACAGCAAAAACAACAAAAAGCUGGAAGGCAGAGUGUUUGUUGUGGUGGUCGUCUUUUUUGUGUGUUUUGCUCCACUUCAUUUUGCCAGAAUUCCAUAUACUCACAGUCAAACCAACAGUAGGACUGACUGUAGACUGCAAAAUCAACUGUUCAUUGCUAAAGAAACAACUCUCUUUUUGGCAACAACCAACGUUUGUAUGGACCCCUUGAUAUACAUAUUCUUAUGUAAAAAGUUCACAGAAAGGCUGUAUGAGAAACCAUGUAUGAGAGGGAGAAAGACCACAGCAUCAAGCCAAGAAAAUCACAGCAGUCAGACAGACAAUAUAACCCUAGGCUGA